AUGAAUACUUCUUUGCAGAGCAUAGUUGCUCAGCUCCUGGAUUCUGGAAACCUGGUUUUGAAAGAGAGCAGCAAAUAUGUCUCCGGAAACUAUAUUUGGCAGAGUUUUGACCAUCCCUCCGACACAUUAUUGGCAGGCAUGAAAUUCGGGUGGUACCUGAGGAUGGGUUUGGACCGGCACGGACAUGCCAAGUACUACCGAACUGGGCCUUGGAACGGAAUUCAGUUCAGCGGGAUUCUGAUGACUCCUAUUUUGAUAUUCACCCCAAAAUUCGUCGAUAAUUCUCAGGAGGUCUACUACACGUUCAAAGCUUUCAAUGAAUCCACCAUCACUAGAUUGGAAUUAAACAGUUACGGGAACGUCCAAAGUUGCAUGAGUGGUUAUCAACCGAAGUCACAGACAGAGUGGGAUACGCUUGUGUGGACUAGGGGGGCCUAUGCGAACAUAGAUGCCGUGGGAGGUGGAAGUGGCUGUCUCCUGUGGUUUGGAGAUCUUCUUGAUGUCAGAAAACUCAGUGAAUAUGCGAACAUGAAUUGCUCUGUGUUCUGGUUCGCUUGUGGAGAGUCCCGGUCUGGAUUUGAGUCUCAGUCGAGCCGGAAUCUCUCGUUCCUCUAG